AUGUCUCGGGACCGGUUCCGAAGCCGGGGCGGUGGCGGUGGUGGCUUCCACCGACGCGGAGGAGGAGGCGGCCGCGGCGGCCUCCACGACUUCCGCUCCCCGCCGCCCGGCAUGGGCCUCAAUCAGAAUCGCGGACCCAUGGGGCCCGUGCCGGGCCAAGGUGGCCCCAAGCCUCAGAUCCCGCCACCGCCUCCGCACCAGCAACAACAGCAGCCACCGCCGCAGCAGCCGCCACCGCAGCAGCCGCCGCCGCUUCAGCCCCCGCCGCACCAGCCGCACCAGCAGCCGCCGCCGCACCAGCAGCCGCCGCCGCCGCCACAGGACUCAUCUAAGUCUGUCGUUCCUCAAGGACCCGGUUCGGCUCCCGGAGUAGGCAGCGCCCCUCCGGCCACCGGCUCGGCGCCGCCCGCCACACCCCCGACCUCGGGGGCCCCCACGGGGCCAGGGCCCACCCCGACCCCGCCGCCCGCUGUCACCUCGGCGCCCCCAGGUGCGCCUCCACCGGCUCCGCCGAGCAGUGGGGUGCCCAGCACCCCCCCUCAGGCUGGGGGCCCGCCGCCUCCACCACCUGCAGGGGGCCCGGUGCCCGGGCCUAAGCAGGGCCCGGGACCCGGCGGCCCCAAGGGCGGCAAAAUGCCAGGCGGGCCGAAGCCUGGCGGCGGCCCGGGCCUAACCACUCCUGGCGGCCACCCUAAGCCACCGCACCGAGGUGGCGGGGAGCCCCGUGGGGGCCGGCAACACCAUCCGCCCUACCACCAGCAGCACCACCAAGGGCCGCCGCCCGGAGGGCCUGGCGGCCGCAGCGAAGAAAAAAUUUCGGACUCCGAGGGGUUUAAAGCCAACUUGUCACUCCUGAGGAGGCCUGGAGAGAAAACUUACACCCAGCGUUGUCGGUUGUUUGUUGGUAAUCUACCUGCAGACAUCACGGAGGAUGAAUUCAAAAGACUUUUUGCUAAAUAUGGAGAACCAGGAGAAGUUUUUAUAAACAAAGGCAAAGGAUUUGGAUUUAUUAAGCUUGAAUCUAGAGCGUUGGCCGAAAUAGCUAAAGCUGAACUUGAUGAUACACCCAUGAGAGGUAGACAGCUUCGGGUUCGAUUUGCUACACAUGCUGCUGCCCUUUCUGUUCGAAAUCUUUCACCUUAUGUUUCCAAUGAACUGUUGGAAGAAGCCUUUAGCCAGUUUGGUCCUAUUGAAAGGGCUGUUGUAAUAGUGGAUGAUCGUGGAAGAUCUACAGGGAAAGGCAUUGUUGAAUUUGCUUCCAAACCAGCAGCAAGAAAAGCAUUUGAAAGAUGCAGUGAAGGUGUUUUCUUACUGACAACAACUCCUCGUCCAGUCAUUGUGGAACCACUCGAACAGUUAGAUGAUGAAGACGGUCUUCCUGAAAAACUUGCCCAGAAGAAUCCAAUGUAUCAAAAGGAGAGAGAAACCCCUCCUCGUUUUGCCCAGCAUGGGACAUUUGAGUAUGAGUAUUCUCAGCGGUGGAAGUCCCUUGAUGAAAUGGAAAAACAGCAGCGGGAACAAGUUGAAAAAAACAUGAAAGAUGCAAAAGACAAAUUGGAAAGUGAAAUGGAAGAUGCCUAUCAUGAGCAUCAGGCAAAUCUAUUGCGUCAAGAUCUAAUGAGACGCCAGGAAGAAUUAAGACGCAUGGAAGAACUGCACAAUCAAGAAAUGCAGAAACGUAAAGAGAUGCAAUUGAGGCAAGAGGAAGAACGACGUAGGAGGGAAGAAGAGAUGAUGAUUCGUCAACGUGAGAUGGAAGAACAGAUGAGACGCCAAAGAGAGGAAAGUUAUAGUCGGAUGGGCUAUAUGGAUCCAAGAGAAAGAGACAUGAGAAUGGGUGGUGGAGGAGCAAUGAACAUGGGAGAUCCCUAUGGCUCAGGAGGCCAGAAAUUUCCACCUCUAGGUGGUGGUGGUGGCAUAGGUUAUGAAGCUAAUCCUGGAGUUCCACCGGCAACAAUGAGUGGUUCCAUGAUGGGAAGCGACAUGCGUACUGAGCGCUUUGGGCAGGGAGGUGCGGGACCUGUGGGUGGACAGGGUCCUAGAGGAAUGGGGCCUGGAACUCCAGCAGGAUAUGGUAGAGGGAGAGAAGAGUAUGAAGGCCCAAACAAAAAACCCCGAUUUUAG